ACCUCCAUUUUCGGCAGCGAAUGUCGAGAAGGUGGUUAACAGUAGCCACCCCCGGGACGAAAAUGGUUCAUUCCAUCAAAAGGUUCAUUCAAAAAAAAGGAAAGGAGGCGUCGGAGUAACAAGUGAGUCAGAUCCGAGUAGGGACGCGGGGAGUCCGGGAAGCCUGGGACCCACUCAGCACUAGCCGAGACAUGUUCCGAGAUUUCGGGGAAGCGGGGCCCAGUUCCGAGGGCGGCCCGUACGGUGCCCCUCAGCAGCCAUCCACCACUACCGGCCAGCAGAAGUUCCAUUUCAUCCCCACCCUCAACGCAGUCAGCAGCAGCCAGGAGUUUCAGUGGAUGACGCAGCCCCGGUACUUGGGCCCCAGUGGCAACUACCCCAGGCCUGUCCCCUUCCAGCCCUACGGGCUCCAGGGGCGGCCUGGGGUCAUUCGGGCCGUGGGGCCCCCCGCCGGGGUUCGGAGGAGGCACAGCGAGCAGAUAAGCCCGGAGGAGGAGGAGAGGAGGAGGGUCCGGCGGGAGAGAAACAAGCUGGCAGCGGCCAAAUGCCGCAACAGGAGGAAGGAGCUGACCGACUUCCUUCAGGCAGAGACGGAUAAACUAGAAGAAGAGAAAUCAGAGCUUCAGAAGGAGAUCGAGGACCUGCAGAAGCAGAAGGAGAGGUUGGAGCUGGUGCUGGAGGCUCACAGGCCCGUGUGCAAGGUCCCCAAUGAGUCAGAGGAAGAGGCUGAGCCUCCGGAAAGACCAUCGAGCAGUGCCCCGGCUCCUCUCCGGCGCCGGCCCCAGAUCUCCCUCUCCCCUGGGCCCGUUUUGGAGCCUGAAGCCCUGCACACUCCCACUCUCAUGACUACCCCCUCCCUGACCCCUUUUACUCCCAGCCUGGUCUUCACCUACCCAGGGACCCCGGAGCCCUGUGCCUCUGCCCAUCGGCGAAGCAGCAGCAGCAGUGGGGACCCCAGCUCUGACCCCCUGGGCUCGCCCACGCUUCUGGCCCUCUGAGCCCUCUGGCUCUCCAAGAUGCCCGGUCAGCCCAGGCUUCCCCCUUUCUCUUUGGACCCCAUCUUCCUCCUGGCCUAGCAUGUUCCUGGGCAUCUUUUGUCCUAGCUUGUCCUGAGCAUCUCGGGCACCCCGGAGGCUCUCCAGCCACCUCCCAGGGAUCAGUCUGGAGCAUUCAAGGGCCGACUGUGCCUGGAAGGCCUCCUGUUUAAGGAGCAUGUGUGGCUGCUCCCCUCUCCUGCCACACAGCCCAGAGAGCCCCAGGACCUCUGAGGCUUCCUGCCAAGCUCCCUCCAAGGCCCCAACCCCCUCCAAACGCUGCGCUGCCUCAGCCCUUGGGCUUUCCGUGGGACCAACUUCCUUUUUGUGGAGCAGCGUGUACAAGUUAGAACACUAACCCCAACCCCUUCCCCGAAGCACAGCGGAUGGGGAGACCCCUCCCCCCUGCUCUGGUGCCCCUCUUCUCCCUACCUCUGGAGAAGAGCUUGUAGGCCUCUGUGAUGGACUGGAGAGGUCCUCAGUCCUCUGGGCUCCCAGAGGCCGCCCCCCACCCUCACACGGACCCGCUCCUUUUCCUGAGAGGCUGCUAUUUAUUUUCCUAAAGAGACUAUUUUUGUACAAAUUGGCCAAAUGGAAUAAAAGGACUAAAGGCU